AUGGACCGUCGGCCCCUCGUCUCGCAGGGCCAAUCCGAGACGUCUGCAUCUGCGUCUGUACCUGCAGAUGUGGCAGACGCGCUCGACGACUCAAGACUCGAGGACGAACUGAGGGACUCGCCAGAGCGCAUUCAAUCUGAUCCCCUACCGUCCAGACCCGAGUUCCCGGAGGCACAGCAGUCGAGUGCGCAGUCGCACGACACGCCUCAGUCCACCACUGGGCCGAGCUCAGUCAAGGGCAAUCUGGCUGCAGUCCGCGUCAGCGAGCAUGAGGCGUCGAACCGGACGAGCAUGUCCCACUGGGACCCCGAGCCGGGAUUCGCCCACGUCGAUGGAGAGGUCGGCGGCGUGGGCUACAACGAGACCAAGGCCGACAUCAUCACCGUGCCCUGUCCCGGGGCGGACCCUGUCGAGACCUGGACCCGAGAUCCCCUUCCGGACAACUUCUUCGGCAACGCUGACCAGGACGACCUGACCUCGCAUCCCGCGAUCAAGGAGCUGGCUGGCGAUGCCAUCCUGACGCCUGGCAUCGGCGGCAACUUCCCCAAGGCAGCCCACCUUUGGGUCAGACAGGGCAUCCGUCGCUACGCGAACACGGCGAGGGCCAUGCUCUACAGGCAUCGUGAGCUGACUGACCACACCACGCUCGAGGGACUUGCAAGGGAUCUGUUGGAGAACGUGUUCCAACGGCGCGAAGGACAGCAUGCGUCUCGCCCUCUCUUCUUCAUCGCCCACAGCAUCGGUGGCCUGGUGGUCAAGAAGGCCCUGCUCAUGGCAAGCAAGAGCGAAAAGUAUCGCCCGCUUCUGUUCAACUGCCACGGUAUCACCUUCUUUGCAACACCACACCGCGGCUCCAGUUACAUGUCUAUGCGCAAUUUGAGCGAAAGCAUCCAGUUGCUUCUGCACCUGCAGCGGCCACUCCCCACAUCCCUGGUAAACGAGAUCCGAGUGAGCAACAAGAGCCUCAUCACGAUGCACGACGACUUCACAAACAUCGUCAGCGAGAUGAGGGUCUGGACUUUUUACGAGACCAUAGACUCCCAGCUCUCAGGCUCCGGCCUGGACUACGCGGACGAGGUCCAGUUCUCUGCGCCUCUCGUCUCCAUCAAAUCCGCCAUCGUCGACGUGAGACAGGAGACGAUCUACUCUGCCCUGGAGAGCGACCACGCCCACUGCGCAUCAUUCGGCGUCACCAACCCUCGGACGCUGGCCACCUACCUGCAGGACCUGGCCGCUGCCGUCGCCAAAGCUGAGGGCCUCAGCCAGACCAUCCACACGCCCCUGAAGCUCAAGGAGCAUGUCAAGGUCGAGCUCAUCGGAUUUUAUGAGGAUCCGGAUGCCGGUCUCGAGUCUGACAUUCGCCUGUACAUCGCCAAGUAUCACCUCGCGGAUUUCCUACAGAAAGGGCCCGAAAUGUGCUUGGAGGAGCGCCUGAAGCGUGUCUCGCGGCGGCACGGCGCUCAGACUGCAGCUGAUGGACCCAACAGCGGUCACCAUGGUGGCGGCUUGAACAUCUUGACAGGCGUGCAGAAUUUCUGGAAGUCUAAUGUUUCUGGGACUCAGCAACAGCGGCGGCCAGACUCCCCCGACAUUGUCGUCACACUCCCAUCAGCAAGGCCUGAUACGGGCGAGGGAAACUCCUCACCUCCUCCAGUCGGCAGGCGUCCACACAGUCUAACACUCCCAACCUUGUCCACACCAGGAUUCCAGCGUCCUGGUAGCCGAGGUAGCGGUGUGACGGCAAGUACCAUGUCGGAUCCGACUGACCUGGAGCUAUCUCCCAGGGAUGAUGAUUCAGAUACGCAUGAAGGAAAUGACGCCCCUGAGACUCGUGCAAGGGCAGCAUCGGACCACACGGGCUUGGACCCGGGAUCCAAAGGUCGAGCCGAUAGACCUAGCAAGACUUAUGCAAUGAUGGACUUGACUGCCGGAUUCUCGAGGCCGAACGCUGACCGGAGGAAGUUCAUGUGGAUCCAUCUGCCCUUCACAAACCCUCUUUGGGUCAAGGACAUCUUUGAAAAGCUAUCAGAGACACACCGUCAGGACUUCAGCAAGCUGUUCAACAACGAGAACUGGGUCUCAAAGCACGUGCAGGGCCGACAUUCCCAGUCUCAGCCGUCAUUUGUCAAGCCCGCCGUCCACUACUUUUCUCCCGACUCAGCGCCGUCCCCACGACUGUCCUACUCAAGCCCCCAACUCAACGCCGGCCCGGCGCCAACCUACCUCUACGUCUACCUCCCGUAUCUUCAUUUUGACACGUACAGGCACAUCAUCAAACGGAGAAGCAUCAUGACACGAAGGCUCGCCCACGGCCGCUCCAGGCCGGUGCCAGAGGACAUUGCCGACCUCGAGUCGCUCGAGCUCCGCGUGAUCUGGGAAUAUAUAGGCCACGAUCCGCCACUGAACUGCCGUCGAACACUGGACCAAUUUGGAUAUCCUUCUCUAAGAGACACAUACGCCCGUGACGACGACCAAAUGCUGUACAAACUCACCAAGAAAGAUAACCCACGGCGGCCCUUUGUCGGCAAGACCUGGAGCGACGAGGAAUCGAUCAAGGCCCUGGUACAAAGAUACUCGGUCGGCACGAAGCUCUUGCACGAGACCAUUGAGAAUCAGAAGGAGGCCGCGACCUCGGAAUCCGAGAGCGAACACGAGGAGCUGCUUCGGGAUGGGAACCUGCUCAUGGUAGAUCAGCUGUGGCUGUGGGCUAUUGACACCACGACCCUGACGACAUUCUUCCCAAAACGGGAGUCUCGCCCGUCCGAGGGAGCCCUGUUCCAGCAGGCAGACCUGAGGAACAGCAUCUAUAACGAGUUGAAUGGUGAUCUCACUGGGAGAUGCGAGAAUGCAUUAGACCUGGCUGCCUUUGUUGCCCUGCACGCCGUCACCGUCCUUCUCGACCGAUCCUCACACCCCGAUCUCGAAAUCUUCCGGAUCUUUGAGGAAGCCAUCGGAAUACUGACCGAGCGCAUGACAUGGAACCUAAAGAAGUUCCGCAUGCAGACCUUCAGGGACGUCGACUCGGAGGACGAGCACCUCGCCGAGACGAGCGCAAAGUCGAUCAAGAAGCGCCACAAGCGCGAGAUCGAGCAGGCCGAGCGGGAGAACCGCGAGAACACGUCGGCCCUCAUGGAGCUGCGUGACAUGGAGGACGAGCUCAGGACGCUGAUGAAGCUCUUCGAGACGCAGACGACCAUGCUCGCCAGGAUGCUUGAGAUCUACGAGGGCGACGGCCUCAAGGACAUCACGCACAACGGGCGCGGGUACCUGGGCGAGGCGCUGGCGAGGCUGGCCGAGUACAAGACGCAGACGACUGAGAUGCUGGACAGGGUUGCGGCUACCAGGGGAGACUAUGAGAAACUCCUGGAGAUGGCCCAGCGCCAGGCACAGGUGGACGACGUGCGCUGGUCCCGCCUGCAGACGGAGCUCGCCAGCUCGCAGAACCUGUCGGUCAUGAUCUUCACCAUCUUCACCGUCAUCUUCCUGCCCCUCUCCUUCUUCACCUCCCUCUUCGGCAUGAACGUGACCGAGUGGGACAACCAGCUGCCCACGAUGGCCUUCAUCGGCGAGGUCAGCCUGCCCAUCUCCUUCUUCCUGAUCCUCGCCACCCUCGUCGCAGCCUUCUCCUCGCGCGUGCAGGUAUACUGCGGCACCGCCUGGCUACGGCUCAAGAGGGCGUGGGAGGCCGCCAAGGAGGGCGCGAGGUCCCUCGAGCCCGAGGCCAGCAGGGAGGCCAAGGCGCGGCGGAGGGCCGACAGGGCCCGCGGGGGCAGGGAGGAGCGCGAGCGCAAGAGGAAGGACCGGAGCUAUGACUUUUGGGCGACGGUGCGCCGGCAGAGGACCUUGGCUUCUUAUGAGAUCCCUGAUCUGAACCGGGUGCGGUCGCCGACCGGGUUUGAUAGUGCUGGGGCUGGUGGGGCGAGGAGGCCGACUUGGAAGUCUGGAGGGACGAAGUGA